GGCAUGGGCCCGCUCGCUGCGCACGUCCGGAAGCCGGACAUGGCGGAGGCGGGAAAAGAGCCCGCAGGCCUAGCGUUCCCAGGAGGAGGUGCAACCCAGUGGCCUCUGCAGCGCUAUGGCCGCUUCAUGCCCUCGGGUACCGGAGAGCCGCCUGGGCUUGGUCAGGACGUUGGGGCAGCGUCUUCCCCCACAUGGAAGGUUUUUGACUCCAGUGAAGAAUCUGGGUAUCUUGUUCUCACCAUCGUUAUAUCAGGUCAUUUCUUCAUUUCCCAAGGACAGACACUGCUGGAAGGGUUUUCACUCGUUGGUAGCAAGAACUGGUUGAAGAUUGUGAGACGCAUGGAUUGUCUGUUAUUUGGAACAACAAUAAAGAACAAGAGCCGGAUGUUCCGGGUGCAGUUUAGUGGAGGGUCCAAGGAGCAGGCGCUGGAACACUGCUGCAGCUGUGUGCAGAAGCUGGCCCAGUACGUGCCGGUGCAGGUGCCCGACCCAGUGGGCCAGGAGCUCCCACCGAGUCCCGGCCCACUGACGGCGGGUGAAAGCCGAGGGGACUGUGUGCAGCAUGUGCCCCUGCAGCAGGGGCCACCCCAGAAGCCAGAGAAGCCGCAGCCAUGUGGACCGGCCAGCACGAGUGUUUCCGGAGGAAGGAUCUCAGUGAGUCGGUUAGCUCAGUCUCUCCUGGUGUCAGGGGAGCGGCUCCCGGUCUGCGAACAAUCUGCGUGGGACGCAGAAGAGUUAGGCCCCUUUCUACGCUUGUGCCUCAUGGAUCAGAAUUUUCCCGCGUUUGUGGAAGAGGUGGAAAAGGAACUCAAAAAGCUGACAGGGUUGAGAAAUUAACACUCCAACAAAGGAAGCUGAAAGCACUGAAAAAGUGCUUCCUCCUAAGAUUAGAUACAAGAAUAAAGAAUAUUAUUCCGGGGGGCACCUGGGUGGCGCAGUGGGUUAAAGCCUCUGCCUUCGGCUCAGGUCAUGAUCUCAGGGUCCUGGGAUCGAGUCCCGCAUCAGGAUCUCUGCUCAGCAGGGAGCCUGCUUCCUCCUCUCUCUCUCUGCCUGCCUCUCUGCCUGCUUGUGAUCUCUCUCUCUGUCAAAUAAAUAAAUAAAAUAUUAAAAAAAAGAGAAUAUUAUUCCGAACACCUUUUAUCAAUGUUUUAUUUUUAAAAACAGGUGAAUCCACUUUUUUAUACAUCAUUGCACUUCAACACAAAACACAAGUACAUGCAUCUAUGGUUACACACCGCAUGAGAACCCUGCCGGGCAAGAAAAUCUACACUCAACCGUUAAAGCAAUGUGAAAAAUACAGUGUCAACCCCGGAGGAGAACGAGUUGCAUAGAAUACCAUGCGAGAACAUUUCAAGGUCAUUGAAAACAAAAGGUAAAUUAUAAAAGUUUGCCUUAAUUGAAUGUACAAUAAGGUUCAACACAUCAGUGCAAAAGGAUUUAAGAAUUUACAUGGUUUAACAAAAA